UCAAAAACAAACAACAAAGUGGUCAUGGAAGUGUCGAUGUAGAGGCGCAGGGAGUUGUAAUGGUAUUUUGACGACUCCCUGGUAGAUCUACGUGGUGUCGACAUGGAUAUCUGGUUUGAUCAAUUUGAUCAUCGCACUCUAUUUAUUUUUCCGAAUAUUGUCUAAGAGUUGGAAGGCCGCGUAGUCAUUGCUACCAAUUUGUUUUGAGAGCAGAAGAAAAUUGAAUUUCGUGUUUGAGCAAUCAACCAUGGCAGAAACAGGCGACCAGCAACAAUGCUCUUCCCUGGUCGGCGUCGUGCCAACGUGCAAGGACUUUCUAGUUGGUGUGUCGGUGUUGGUGAGGCGCGAGUGCGAUGGCAAAUACCUGGUUGUUCAAGAGUUCUGCAACCAAGGGUUUUACAUGCCGGCCGGCCUGGCCUCUCCUGGCGAAACGCCACAGGAAGCCACGGUACGAGAAGCGAUGGAGGAAGCUGGUGUUGAGGUGGAGCUGACUGGGAUUCUUCAAGUGAGAUAUGGGCUGCACCCAGGCAGAGAGGGUGCCAUGCGCAUUAUUGUUCACUACACCGGGAAGCCGAAGUGCGAGACGGCCGAGACGAAGAGUGUGCCAGACUUUGAGAGUAUUGGUGCUGUCUGGGCUUCAGAGGAGGAGCUGUCCACCGUACGUCUGCGCAAUGGCAAGCAAGUGCUGAACAUGAUUGCCAUGUCGAAAAACCCGGCGCACAUCUGGCCGCUGUCCGCUCUCUCCGAACUCACCGCUGUGCAGUCGGAUGCCCUGGAGGAGUGAAGGAGACAUGCAUUCACCGUGCAGGCAGUACAGAGUCCCAUAGUCUACUCUACUGUGCAGUCGAAUGCUCUGGAGCCAGUGAAGCAGAGAGGCAGUCACUGUGCAGGCAGUACAACAGCCCCGUAGUCUACUCUAACCAACCAACCACUCCGAAGUACACCUAACUGCUCACAUCAGGUUCUCGCGUACAAUCUACCGGUACUCUAGUGGCAGUUCCUACAGUUCUGCACUGCAACGUAGGUUGUAUGUGGCUGCCGGCAGAAUCAACGCCACUGACUAGUGCCAUCUAAGAACGGAAUUUCCACCACUGACUGAUUCGUCUAGAUCUGUAAUCGUGGCAGCAUCACCAUCACUUUUGGUGAUGUGUCGAAAAGAGUACCAUCGCUAUCCUGGAUAUGAUAGUGUCGCUAUCACUACUGCUAGUAUCAUGUGAUUAUCAGAUGAGUACUGUCGCGCGUUUGGUCGUGUAACUGCGUCAUCGUAGCCACCUUCACUGUUCAUGUACUUCAGGGUUAAUACGCCUGCACGAUCGAUGUCUCAUCAUUGCCACUGGGUCAUGGCCCUCGACUAUUGCUGGGUGGUCCUGCACUCGGCUUUACCUGAGCUGCGUGAGUCUCACACUGAUCACAUCAGCCAGCCACCAUUAGCAGCACACUGGACAAUACAGCCUAUGCGGCCUUCGUCAGCAGAAAUGCUCAAAUCAUGCGGGUGACUGCUGGUCCUGCUGUCUGCACGCACAUCACAAUGCCAGCAGCAUCACACAAGCCACCCUGGCCCGUGCGUGCUGGAUCUGUGCAAGCACUUGAAUCCCGUGGCCCUGAGUACUGCCGUGCCUCUUUCUGUUCAUCGCAACGCCAAGUUACGGUAAGAAAGUGUCCACUGACUGUGCUAACUAGCAAGUAGUUGCUCGCGUUACUAUACCACCAGAAGAUCCACUUCUUACAGGUGUCUUGCUACACUGAGCAAGCUUCCAGCUGAGCUGAGCUGGCAUCCAGCUGAAGCGGUGCUGGAUGCUGUACAUAUUGAAAUCCUAGUACAUGUACUUGCUUUGUUGCUUGUAGUCGAAUUUCACAAGACACUGGCUAGCAGCGUACCCGGUGUGAACUGUUUCUUAUUGUCCUAUGUCAAGCUCGCCUGUAGCUUCCUGACCCUGUCUACCUGAUACUUGUACUUGAAAGUAGACUUGCAUCAGUCCGUGUAGCAGCUGUAUCUGGUGCCUGUGACCUGCACACAUGGGACGUAGUGUCCUUCAGUGCUAGCCUUUGAGUUUCGUAGUCUUUAGGCUCGUUUCAUCUACAUUGGCGUAGUAAGUUAUUGCCAGCUCUUGAGCUCAACAGCCGCCAUCGCCACACGCUGAACGGUGCGUGUAUUAACAGCAGGCGUUACUGCUGAUGCUGUUAGUCCUGUCAUUGACAUGUUUAUCUCACCAGUUCAUCCCAUUACUUGCAGCAAGAUUUGCGGCGACGCGUCCUAUAAGGUUUUGCCUGGUUUUUCAAGAAACUUAUUUAUUUUAUUAGAACUGAUUUUAUCAGUUUGCAGUGGCCGAUGCUACUUUUUUUAUUUUUUUUUAUUUUUUUCUUUCUUUGUGAAAUGUCGGUUCAGCUCGUUCUGUUGAUCGCAAUUCUAAAACUAUUGUCGCCUCGACGCCUAUUUACAAAAAUGUUUAUAGUAGGUUUAUUUGUCACCUGGGCCUUGGCGGUGCUAACUCGCUUGGUCUGCUUCCACUCUGCAUUUGGACGUGUGCGUUAACGGGUACGGUAGUCAUGGUAGUAAGUUGCAUAGCGUAAUGAAUAUGUUGCUCCCCACACCGGAGAUUAGUUGCAUAGCGUGUCGUGGCUAUCACACUGAUUGGUAACAACAACGCAGGGCUCACCACCUGGAUACGCUA